UCUGCCGCGCUUUACGAAUUUAAGCUCGGUCGAAAAGCAACGGAAGCGGCCCGAAAUACACGCAAAUAACACGAAUAAAAUAUAAAUAGAUACUCUUCUAGACGGGAACUAUGAGUCAGAACAAUAUGUGCUCUAUUUUGCAAUACGUUACUUAUAAAUUCGAUCCAAUGGCAAUAGAAUUACUAGAAAUCUGGACACACGCCAAAAGGUCAGCGACACGUUUAAAGAAGAGCUUCUUGACGAAAUGCAAAGAAGAAAACAUUUCUAUAACCAACAUUAAGAUCAAAACUGAUAAAAAGCAAUCCGUUCCUGUCGUAAAUCGAGCCAGUUCCGCAGAAACGGAAAUCCCGGCAGCAGAAUCGAAGCUGGAAGACGCGCGUGGGGGUGCGAUCACUGCAAGAAGGGAUGAAAAUUUUCCCAAGCGGAUCUGGCGCGACUGCCGGUCUCAGCAGACGUCGUCCCUUAUCGGGAGCAAGGUGCCCGACUGUCUGGCCAAGUAGUUUGUUCUGUAUUCGAGCCAACUCCGCCACGUAUACACGGCGAACAAGAAAACCCUCCCCUUUCGCUCGAGCCACCGCGUUCUUCUGUCCCCUCGCAUCACAAAGUUCUUACACCCAACGGAUACGCGUGGAUGCUCGUUCGAGCAACGAGCUCGCCAGCCACCCCUCCGAGAUAAACAUAAACUCCAGUGCUUGGAAACCACUCGCCAUUGACCAAUCUCCAACGUGUUUGAGAGUUUCUGUAGGUUUGAUUGACGUUCAGAGGGAAUCUCAAAUUUACGACGAUGUUAAAUGCUUCGGAUUAAAUGCUUCGGUUAAAUGUAUUUUUAGAAAAGAUAUUUAUUAUUAACGAACUUAACUAUUUUGAAUGGAUUUCGUAAGAUUGACCAGCUCUCGCACUAAAUGGUCCUCCUUUUUAAAUAUCCUCCUUUUAACACCUCCUUCCUGAGGUGCCUCGUCGUUGCUUCACCGUUUGAUUUUUGGUGUCAACCAUCCCACUGGUUGUGUAUCGCUUAGAUAUGCCAAAAAAAGGUGUCCGUGCUCCACGUAUCCCUAAUCGUUUAUGAAAUUUCAGCGAGAAAGGGAGAAAGAGUGGCUCGGCAGUUCGGUUUUUUUGCGAAGUUAAAUUUGAAAAGUUCGCAGGUUCUGAUUUCGAAUCGCCGUGGGAAAUAUGUCGCUGCGACGAUGACAGACAUUUAUUCUUAAUAAUAGCAGAAUUUUGAUUCGAACAGAACUCGAGAGGUCUGCGAAGGUGUGUAUUUAUGUCAGUCAGGUGAUAAGAAAAGAAACGGUCUAUCUAUAUACCAAG